AAAGCAGCAAUACACAAAAUCGACAUGGACCAUAAAACACUUGUAAAAAAAAAAAGAAAUUGAAGAAAAGACUAGAAAAACCCGAACUUAUUCCAAAUGCCAGCAACUUCACAAUUCACUUUGAAAUCUUCCUUUCAAUUGACUUCUUCAAUUUCUUCAUUUCUUCCCAAACACACACACUCACAACACAAACUCCCUACACCAUCUCCGUUUAUUCCAACGUUAAACACCAAUGGAUUCAUCGUCAUCGACAACAGCCCACAUAAUGCUUUCAAUCCCCGAAAAGAAAACAGUCUCCGUCGAUCUCUACCGUCCACUCCGUAACUACAUAAUCUAUAAUUACUCCGAACUCGAAGCUCAAAAUCUUGAAGAUGAUUUACAAACACUUAAACAAUAUCGUUCCGAUAUCGAACGCGGAGCUAUUGAUUCAUCGUCAUCACUUCCUGCUCGUCGUGAUCUUUUGCAGAAUUACUAUAAAGCCCUUUGUGCUGUUGAGUCUCGUUUUCCGAUUUCGCCUGAUCAAGAACAUGUUAAUUCUGUUACUUUUACUUGGUUUGAUGCUUUCAAGACCAAAAAUAAAGCUGUCCAGCAGAACAUCCAUUUGGAAAAAGCUGCAGUUUUGUUCAAUCUGGGGGCUGUGCAUAGUCAGAUGGGAUUGGGUUUUGAUCAUUCAUCAGUUGAGGGGCGAAAGCAGGGAUCACAUUCCUUCAUUGCUGCUGCUGGGGCAUUUGCCUUCUUGAGAGACAAUGUGGCAAUGAAGGCAUCACUGGGUAGCUCCACCACCGUUGAUGUCUCAGUCGAAUGUGCUGGGAUGCUGGAAAGACUCAUGUUGGCUCAGGCUCAGGAGUGUGUUUUUGAGAAUAGCAUUGCCAAGGGAAAUACUCCUGGUGUCUGUGCAAAGAUUUCGAGACAGGUUGGAUUGUUUUAUGAGGAAGCUUUGGCAGCAUUAAAUGUUGCACCUCUGAACCAGCACUUUGACAAGGCUUGGCUAGCUCAUGUUCAGCUUAAGGCAGCACUGUUUUAUGCUGAAGCCUGCUACAGGUACAGCUUAGAGCUCCACGGCAAAGAAGAAAUUGCAGAGGAAAUUGCAAGGUUGAGGAGUGGUGUUAAUGACUUGUCAGAGGGAAGAAAAAAAGCUCCAAGGGGAGCACCACAGCAGCUAUUGGAUGCAAUUAAUAAGCUAGAAGCUACUUUAAAUCUAAACUUGGAGAGGGCUAUGAAGGAAAACGACAGAGUCUACCUCAUGAGGGUUCCACCAGCCAGUUCUCUGCCGCCACUUGCAGCAUUUUCUUUGGUCAAGCCUAUGCAGAUGAAUUAUAUUCUUGACGCAAGCAAGGAGAAGAUGUUUGCCAGCCUUGUCCCAGACAAAAGUGCUAAAGCUCUUUCUAGGUACACUGAGAUGUUGGAUGAUGUCAUCAGGACUCAAGCCGAGAAGUUACAACAGGGAAGCGAGCUAGCUCGAGUGAGGCUCAGAGAAAUGGACUUGCCUGAUUCCAUUCUUGCUUUGGAGGGAAAUUUAUCUCUACCUGUAGCAUUAAAAGAAGAUGUAGAGGCAGUGGAAAUUUGUGGUGGUCCAGCUGGUUUGGAUGCUGAGCUGCAGCAACUCAGAGAUCUGAAGAGGGUGAACCAGCAGUUGCUGGUCCAAACGGAGGAGCUUUUGCAAAAAGAAGCAGUGGAAGAUACACAGUUUAGAACUCAAUUCGGAAGCCGAUGGACAAGGCCUCAAUCUACUACCUUGACAAAAAACCUGCAGGACAGGUUAAACAGGUUUGCAGCAAACCUGAAGCAAGCUGCAGAAAGUGAUGCCAGGAUUGAGCGAUCAGUAAAAGAUCAUGCAGCACUCAUGUCAAUCCUUGACAGCCGUCCUAUUGAAUCUGCUCUUCCGACCUUGGCUAGACCAAUCUUGUCUUUGGAUGCCACUGAAGAUGCCAUCGUGGGAGCCCUGAAGCAGAGCCUGAGGCAACUAGAAACUCUUGGUGCUCAGCGUGCUGGUCUGGAAGAUAUGCUGAAAGAGAUGAAGAGGAAGGAUGAUAUACUUCCGAAAUUGAUGACAUUCACGGGCUCCCAUGAGGAUCUUUUCAGGAAGGAGAUAGCAAAAUAUGAUCAUAUUUGUGAAGAAAUUUCUCAAAACAUCGAGGCACAAGAACAAUUGCUGCUGCAAAUUCAGGCUCAAAAUGAUGAGUUUGCUUCUAUUUUCAAUCUUGAGGAUUAUAAAGCUUCCUGUGAGAGAAUCUAUAAGCAGAUUGAAGCUGCCAUUUUGAAAUAUCAAGAAAUUAAGGAAAAUAUCAACGAGGGCUUGAAGUUCUAUGUAACACUUCAGGAGGCGAUCAAUAAUGUGAAACAGCAGUGUAGUGAUUUUGUGAUGACACGAAACAUGCAGUGCCGAGAAAUGAUAGAAGAUGUACAGAGGCAAAUCUCUGGUCUCAGUUUCCAGGAUGGUAAAAGUUCAAGUGGGUAUACUUCAGUUGGGCAGGGUCAUCAGCCUCCAAGAUCCAAUCCCCAGGUUCCGACUGAGACUGGAAAUAUACCCAAUUCUUCUCGACCCCACCAGGCUCCUGCAUACCAGUCUCUUCCGCAGCAACCAGCAAUUUCUGAAUACGGUCAAACCUCUCCACCUUAUAGUUCUCCACAACCGCCUGCACCACCUUACCAUUUUCCAGGUCAAGGUCAAUCAUAUCCAUAUCAGCAGCCGCAACCACAUCCACAUCCACAUCCUCAACAUCAACCACAGCCUCCACCUAACCACGAGUACAGUCAACCUGCAUAUCCUGGGUGGCGAGGUCCUUACUAUAACGUACCUCCAUAGCAACCUGGAGCUAUGCCUCGACCUCCUUACACUGCCCCUUCUCCAUAUCCUCAUCCUCAUCAGGGUGGCUAUUACAGGCAAUGAUAGUUUUCCCAUACUUCUCUCCAUGUGCAUCAUAUGUUCAUUUUUGUCUCGCUAGUUUUUGUGUCAUUCUCAAGUGGAUUUGACGUGGCUAGACUUCUCAGUACCAGCUCUUGACAUACACCAUUAUACAUUGUAAGUUUGAAUGAAGCACGCAUGUACAGGGCAUCUCCUUGUAAAGUCGAUGACCAAAAAUACAAGAUAUAAUUUAGAAUUUUCCCGUCUAAGCACACUCUUAAGAUAUGAUAUAUUGUGAAUGAUUUGAAAAAAAAAUACGAUCUGAUAUUUUGUGGAUUUA